AUGCCGGAUGUCAUUGUCAGCUUUCAGGUCAACGCUAUUCAAUCAUGGGUUGUAAGCAGAGGCAGCGAAGUGAUUGCGUGCAGCCACCCCACAGGCGAAGACGACAACAUUCCUGCCACUACAUACGAGAACAUCACGAACACAGGAAACCAGCUGACAUCCCACGGAGAUGCCCUUCCACAAAGCAGAACCCAACCAGAUAGAAUCGAGCCUCGCAUUGACAUACGGAAGACUCGGACGACUGUACCAGACAAAAGAAGAAGAGGAGGGGAAAGAAUAAGCAAACUCAAGUCUCCAGCCACCCCUUCAAUAGCCCAAAUGCCAGGCGAGGGCUCCGAGAGGCCGAUCAACCAUGGUACACCGUUACAUCUAAUCCCAGAUCGUACUAUCUGCCUUUUGCGAAAGGCUUGCAGGGCUCCGGAAGACGGUCAAUGGCUCAGAAGAGCCGAUUUUGAGCAAGUUCUGAGGCUCAGUGCACGUCUGAUUGACCCUGCACCACGCACUGUUUUGGAGCCACUGUUGGAUUCCUGGAAUGUAAAUGUUUCCCAAGGCCUCCAUGCAUUGGGACUGCCAUUAGAGUGGAUGGGUGUUGAAGCGGCAGCUACUUACACUGUUAUGCUUAAAAAUAAUAUGGUUCCAGAUGCAGUGGGCCAGCGAGCUGCGCGGAUACUGCUGGUCCUGAAUUAUGAAGAAAUAUGCCAGAUCCCAGAGUGUUACUGUCCACGACCCCGACGAGCAGCAGAGCAAAAGAAGGUAUAUGUGAUGAACUGUAUUGCUCACGCCUGUGGUCUGGGGGAUCCCUCCAAGAGCGAACGUGACUUGAUAUACAAUUACCUCAGACAAGGUAGAUGGUUGUGGGUCAUUGCUAGCAUAGUAGGUCUGGGCUUCGCACUGAUAUGUAGCGAGGAAUUGAUGUCCACCAUCAAGAAUGUUAGUCUAACCAACAACGGGGUCAAUGCCCUUGCCACACACACUUUCUACGCACGACCAGCAAUGGUGGCGUUGCUUCAUUCUCUGGAAUCAGCAGUGGCACAUCUGAUGUCCGGGAAGAUAUCCAGAAACCUAUACGAGGCCAUCCAGGAUGAGUCCGGCAUAUUAGGACAAUCUGCUUUGCUUCAAAUGAACGAAGUAGACCGGGUUCAUCUGAAUGUGCAACACGCAGGGUAUCAGGACCCGAUUGAUUUAGAAGCCGUCAUCCAGGAUUUGAAGAACAGAAUAUUGGCAAACUUCCUAGGGAGGCAACUUGCGUUAAAACAUGAUUCUCCGCUCCAAACGAUAAUUUGA